UCGUCCAUCACCCCUCUCCCUUUCCUACUCGGAUUCCAUUCAUCACCCUCACUGUUCCUCACUUCCUCCUCGGCACUUUGCAGGAAAAAAAAAUCAUCUUUUUGAUCGUGCCAGUCGAUCAAUCUCGGGCCAAUUUUGACCGCCACUUGGUAGCCAUUGCCUUCUUUUCUCCUAGAUUCUUUGACAAAUCACUCGAUUUUACCUCUGGUCCGUCUCCGUUUGACUGUUUUCUUCUUCUUUCUGAUGUUUUUCUAAUCUUCGGCGCCGCCUCUUUUCGUGCUGGGUUUGGUUUUGUCCGCCAUCUCUUACUCGUCUCUUCGUAGCCCCUCUCCCCAUCUCUUGCGUCCUGUUCUUCCUUCCCCGACCGAUUGAUCCGUACUCCUCCCUGUCUCUUCCCCACCUCCCUCUCAUCGAACCAAUCGCAGAAUCAACCGUAGUCGCAGGGGAGGGGAGGGGCACCGAUGGCGGAAUUGGUGGGGCCGCGGGUGUACAGCUGCUGCCAUUGCCGGAACCACGUCUGCCUCCACGACGACAUCAUCUCCAAGGCCUUUCAGGGGAGGAACGGCCGCGCGUUUCUGUUUUCUCAUGCCAUGAACAUAGCUGUUGGGACUAAGGAGGAUCGGCAACUCAUGACUGGCCUUCACACAGUUGCUGAUAUCUACUGCCGUGAUUGCCGUGAAAUACUGGGCUGGAAAUACGAGAGAGCUUAUGAGGAGUCGCAGAGAUACAAGGAAGGGAAGUUCAUAUUUGAGAAAGCAAAGAUUGUUAAGGAAAAUUGGUAGUGAUCAAGGAUUUGAUGUCUAAAACUUUAUCAUAAAGAUUCCAUGUCUUUGUACAUAGUUGUCGUCUGUAAGUUCCAAUCUUUUGGCCGCACGAUACUGUGGUCAUGGCGUCAUGCCAUUUGUAAUGUUCAACCGCCCUUGUUCAUUUCUGUGAAGAAGACAGAUUUGUGCUUAUUUGUCUGGUGACCUUUCUCAUUGGUCAUAAAUGGAUGACUUGGUAAAUUCUUUA